UGUCUCUCUUCCCACAGUAGUGAUCCCAAGAUGGCUGAGUAACGACUGUUGGACCCUAGGGAGAGGAGUUGCCGUGUCUUAUCAGGCAGUACAUCCCCCACAAACAGACUCUCAGCUAACGAGUGCAAACGAGCAACAGCAAGCAAUGUUAGGUGCUGUUGUUUGAUGUACAGUGCCUGGUGCAUUCAUAUGGGCUACCAACUGAAAAUGGCGAAUUACCUGUACUCAGUUUUGUGAAGAACCUUAUUACUGUUUUAACAAAAUUAAAAGUUUGUGAAGCCUAUCAGUGGUACUGGUAAACAAGGAAUUGAAGUGAUAUUUUAGUGACAAGAUAACGAAUAAAAUUUUAUGGUGUAUAAUAGUUCACAUAACAACUUGAAACCAGCUGUGUGUUGAGAAAGCCCAGUAUAAUAAUCUUGCUAAUAUGACUGUGUGCUUACGAGUACGUCAGUUGACGUGCCAAUGUUGUGGAGGAAAAAAGGCCUAGUGUAAAUUGACUAGGCCCCAGGGACAAGUCAUUAUUUGGCCUGUGGCUUAGGGUUGAUGGUGAACAUUGUUGGUGUUCGCACACUGGUCCCCCCCACUGUGGGCGGCCCCCCUAUCACUGAGUCCAAGAUGAUGGCACGAGCGAUACUGCAGUGUCGGCCCAAUUCCCACCCCUUCCCAGAGAGAACGUUGGUCCUCGACCAGCCAGUGAAAAUUGGACGAUCUGUGGCUCGUGCACGACCUGCUACCAACAAUGCCAUCUUUGACUGCAAAGUACUUUCCAGGAACCAUGCCCUCCUGUGGUAUGAAAAUGGAAAGUUCUACCUGCAAGAUACCAAGAGUAGCAAUGGCACCUUCGUCAACAACCAGCGCCUUAGCAAGGGGUCUGAAGAGUCGGCACCUAGGGAGGUCUGUUCGGGGGAUAUUGUACAGUUUGGCGUCGAUGUCAUGGAGAAUUCCAAAAAAGUGACACAUGGCUGUAUAGUUGCAACACUGAAGCUUUAUAUGCCAGAUGGUCAAGAAGCAAAAGCUAGCCCAUCAACAGCAGUGGGUGGAGCCGUGUCCAGUGUGUCUGCUCAGGAAUUAUAUCAGUUACGGACGUACCUACAAGAAGCUCAGCACCGGGAGCAACAAAUUGAAACGAAAUUGGCAACUUUACAACGUCUGGUUUCAUCUACUCAGGAAGCAGCUACACAUAGCUGGAAAGCAAUGAUUGAUGAAGAUCGAUUACUUCAACGACUAGAAACUCUUGAAGGUCAACUUACUACUUAUGCCAAGAAUUACCCAGAAGACAGUGUUCGAGAAGAGAUGCGAAGAUUACUGGACGAGAAGGGUCAGUAUGAAACCACUGCCAAAGAGUCCUUAAGACGAGUGUUACAAGAGAAAUUAGAUGCUGUCACAAAACUAGCAGAUUUAGAAAGAACUUUAAGCACAUCAGAAGAUGAGUUAGCACACAUGAAAGAAGUUUGUGAGACUACUCAAAAAGAGCUUGUUGAAUUAUUGGAGAAGCAGUCUGCUCAAAAUGAACAAGUUGCACAGCUCACGGAAAAACUAAAGAGUGUUGAGGAUCAGCUGAAGGAUGCAGAGGAAAACAAUGAACAAGAGAAAAAAGAAUUGCAAAGUAAAUUAUCAGAAAAAUCUAGUGAAGAAAACAAAUUGAUGGCUAGAAUAGAAAGUAUAACAGCAGAAAGUGACUUCACCAAAGAGCAACUAAGUGCCAUGAAAGCUAAAUAUGAGAACAUUAAAAAUGGUGAAAUAAGUGGACUUAUAAAACCCCUGAAAGAUUCACAAGGUUUGGAUUUGUUAAGUAUAGAACCGUCAGAUAUAAAACAAGCCCUAGAAACAACACAGAGGGAGAUCCACACACUAAAGGAUCGUCUUCAAAAUGCUCAGGAUGAACUCAGGCAAGCUGAGGCCAAUGUUUCUCAGCUCAAACAUGAGGCUGAGCUGGCAGACAGUGCGGAGGCUGGAUGCUUGAGCACGCGCGCCCGCCUCCAGGAGGAGCUUGCAGACAACAAAGCCAAGAGUGCAGCAAACACAGCACUAACGGAGCACCUACAAGCUCAGAUAGCUACCCUGGAGGAUCGUUUGAGAGACUACCAGGUAGUGUCCGAGAUUCCCGUAAUAUACGACGACAUCUAUGAUGACAACACUUUAGUCAGGAAAAAGAAGGAUUCCCUGAAAAGCAAAGACAAUUUAAAUGAAGACGAUACCAAAGAUGAAGAAAGAUCCAAUGACCUAGAUGACUCCCAUGAUGCAGAUACCACUCUUACCAUCAUCCCCACAAAGACUGACAGCUCCCUCACUAUCAUCUCACCAAAGGAGUGCAAGGACUCCAAUGUUAAUGGUAGCUUGGAGGACAAGGAUGAGGAGAAGGAAGUGGAGGUCGCUCAAGAGUCUAUAUUACGUACUGACAUCUUUAGACUUCAAGAACUUUUAGAAACAAGUCGAAGAGCACAAGAGGUUUCUGAAAAGGAAGUGACCCGUAUUCGGGAAGAUUUGGCGCAGGCAUCUACAGCAGCCAUCACAGCAUCACAUGAGGCAUCUAACCUUCGACAGCAACUAGCUGCUAGUGAAGCGUUAAUGAGUGAAAAGGUAAAGACGGUGGGAUCACUACAGAGCCAAGUGAGCCGUCUUGAAGACUCCUCUAAAGAGGUCCAAACACAGUUGUCAAACCUUACACUCAGACUAAGGGACGAGCAACAGAAGGUUCAGGCUGCUCAGGAGGAAACUCAGUUACUUAGAAAAAAACUAAGUGAGGCUGAAGAAUUAGCAAGCCUUAGUGUACAGGAAGCCGAAUCUCUAAAGAGACGGAUAGCAGGGCUUGAGGAGAGGUUGCAGUUCUCUCAGGCCUCUCCCACCACACCCCUCAUUCUUCCUCCUUCUCCUCGCAUCCCCAGUGGUAAUAAUGAAAUCACAGGAGAAAUGCUUGAUGAGUGUAACACCCCUCUAGCAUCAAGGGAAGGUUCAGCUGAGGAGAGAACUCCAGUGAUGGACACAGAUGAAAGGUUCAUCUCUACCUCAAGAACAACAGUUAAAGAUACUCAAGAUAGCCUUACAAGUCAUAAUUCUGCCUCUGAUACCCAAGAAACCAGUCAGUCAGUUGCAGUUAAGGAAAUGGAACUUAGUGAUUUAAAAAAUACAUUGAAAAAGUUACAAGAUGAGUUAUUAAAGACAAAACAAGAGUUUACGAAUUUGCAAGACAAGGAACGUAUUCUUCAGCAAUCGCUAGAUAAUGAAAACAAGAGGAAAACAAAUGAAAAUAUGAAUGACACUCGACAAGAUUUAGCAGAUGGAUUGGUAACUCCUAACAUGAAGGAUGGCUCAGUGGUGUUGGACAAGUUCGGGAGUCUCCAAGAGGAGUUGGCGUCAUUAAGGGAUGAACGGAAUCAGUUACGGAAUAAGCUUGGCCUGGUGGAUGAAGAUUACCAGCUACUGGCGGUACAAAACAGGAUGGCUGUGGCGCUGAGCAUUAUGCCACUGUGUAUUCUUCUCCUGGGCUUCAUCACAGCUUUCUACGACACCAUCUCUGCCAUUACCGGCACUACUGAGUUCCAGCCGCCAACGUAGAUGCACUUACAAAUUUAACUUGGAAUUUUUUAAUUUUAAAAUGCCAUACAUUUGACCACAUACUUAGUUUAUCAAGGUAAACAAUUUGAAUGGUAUUUUUCCCUGUUCUCAUGCCUCAGUUUUUAUGUUUUAAUCAUAAAUUCUUGUACCUCAUUUACCCAUUAUGAUGCCAUAAAAUUCACCUUCACUUAGUUAUUAAUAAUUAGAGUUGUUUAGGACAUUAUUAUUCACCUCCAGUUGUCAAACUGCAUCAGUUUUAUGGACACUAGCUGUACUGACUCCAGCUGUUAUACUAUUUUCUUUGUAUAUUGAACUAAACCAUUAUGUGGAGAGAUGGUUCAGUAUUCUGCUGAAGGCAAUAUAUUGCUGGAUCUGCUUCCUCAGGGAACUGAGUGUAUGAAAAGAGGUUUGUGAUGUGUGUAUCUGUGAAUUGUUUUUCUUAAACUAUUGUAACUAUUAGAAUAAUCAAAGGAGGGAUUACCAAUAAUGCAGACUUUACACAGGGAAUUCAAGUGCAACAACUUGGUCAUAACUUUAAUGACAAAAAGUUCCCAAGUACUGUGUUUUACAUUGGUGUCAUGAAUAUUUCAAGAUGCAAUGGUAAUGUUUGCUCACCAAAUAUGAUGCUAGCAUGAUUGUGAAGUUGAAACAACUCAGAUUGUAAUAGUUGUUUAGAGUGAUAAUUGGUUGAGAUUCUUGAUGUAUUGCACAAAUGAUGUAGAACCUGUGAUUAUUUCUUAUUCGUUUUCUCUGGUGUUAUUAUAUAAUAUCAGAGAUUGCAGUAUGUACACAAAGAUGAGAUGUUGGUUGUAUAAGUCAGCGAACUAGUUAACCUUGUUUUAAUUGUGAAGACAUUGCUAUCUUGUAUAUUUUUAUUUUUUGAUGGAAUAUAUCCUUCGAGUUAUGGGGUAUAUUUCUCUUCAAUGAUAAUCAACCUUAUGGCUACAGCUGUGCAUAUUAUUAAUUUUGAGUCUUAUCAUCAUAUACAAUGAAAGCAAUAGUUUAUACUCGAUGUAUUCUUGAAUACAGUAGUACUGAAUACAGAAAGUGUAAUAGAGUGAUGAAAAUGAGGAAGUACAGUAAUUGUUUUCUCCUUUAUCUGUAGUAGAGAAAUCUUAAUUUAUAGUAAAACCUAAUAUUACAUGGCAUGGUAAUGAAGAUUUUGCAAGACCAGACUUUGCCUGCCAUCAGUCUGGUUCAUGAAAAUGAUUGUGAAAAAAAUUUCAUAAUAAAGAAAAUCAGAUUGAUUUACUGGUACAACAGAUAAAACUCAAGAUAUUAGUAUUUUUAUAAUAAAGUAUAAUGGAUUUUAUUAAUAUAUAUUUUGACUGACAUAAAAAAAAUCAAAACUCUUGUAAGCCAUAGGCAGAUAACCUGAUGAAAUCACAAGCCAGGUUUGUCCUCCCUUAGGUAUGAUCUUGUAAGUGCUAUGGAUGGGCAGAAAUUGAACUUUUUGAAAAAGAAAUUAAUUACCAGAUAUUGCAUACUUUGCAAGACUUAGUUGGCAAUCACCUUGUCAUUGUCGACCAGUCUUGUCACUUUAACCAGUUGUAUGCUAAAUUAUGUGCAAUAAUACUGCCAUUGUGGAACACUAAUGAAUUCUUGAUUAUUUUCAUUAUGUUGAACUUGUGAAAGGAUUCAGUGCCUGCUUAUUUAGCCAAUAAGUAAAGGUUUUAAAUUUUUAUUUGUAACUACAGCUUUCAUCAAAGAAUAUUUCUUAAGAAUAUUCCUUUAUGGUAUUUCUAAAUUAUAUACAUAUUUUUUACACAUAUAAUGUGAGAGGUGUAGCCAAUAUGUUGCCGUACCUGUUUUUUGUCUGUGAUAAAAGAGUGGUUAUCAUUAUUAUUGUAACUGUCUAUGUAUUCUUUUUCUCAGAUUUAGCAUUAUUAAUACUGUAAAUCAUAUUAUUAUUUUCAUUAGCAUAUUGGUUACACCAUUGCCUCAUGAGUGAUAUCCAAUGAAAUUUUGGUAUUGAUUCACGUUGGACAUUUAGAAAACGGGGUACUCAGAUUUCUUCCAAAAGAUUGAGUGUUUGAAACGUAGCACAGACGCUUCUCAGUUGUGAUGUGCCUCAUGCUUGAAAGUCUACAUAGUGUCAUUAGUAGCAACUUCCUUAGCAACCCAUGGAAACUGUGAAGAAAGUCUUAUGUCAGUGCUAUGUCAAGCUCAAAAUUGUGUCUGUAAAGGGAGAAGUGAAUUGUAUAUACAGAAGCUGCCAAAUUCCCUGACACGCCCGGCUUGACAGAACCCGACAAAGGCAUCCUAGUCACCUGUCUGGUAUUCCAGCCGACCUCACCCGACCUCUCACGAAAGUCAUGUACAGAAAACUGCAGUCGGAAACCUCAUGUAAAUAGAACGAUGUAUGGUCACCAAGACUGUGUAUAAAGACGAAGUUAUAUACUGCCAUUAUUCAGUAGUAUAUAUUUGAAACUUACUCGUAGAUAUUUAUGCUUGUUUGAUACAAGACCAUGUUACUAUUGUAGUUCUUGUUAUUUUAAUUUUGAAAAAAAAGGAUGUUACUUGAUGAUGAGCUUCAGGCAUAAUACAUGAACCUAUUUCCUAUGAGUUUUAUCCAUGCUUUUGUACUUCAGUCUGAGAGGGAAAGUUUCUAUGGUAGAAGAUGUUCUUAUAUCUAAUUAUUAUUAUAUGAGUCACAAGAUAUAUGUCCCAUCUAGCACUUUUUGUAGGUGUCAUGUAUACUAUAAUCCAGUUUUUUAUGAAUCACAUGUACAAACAAAGCCAAGCACACAGAGGCUGCCAUAAGCUGGUCAAGUUCAUGAAAGAGUGGAGUUUGCGGGCAGAAAUUAUUUUAAAAUUAUAAAUGGUCUCAUUGGGGCUAUUAUCUAGCCAUCAUUGCCCCACUAUUUUACUGAAUACAUUUUGUACUUGUAUGAGUCGAUGAAGAAUGUUGCUGCAAGUCGAGUCAGAAACACGAUGAGUACUCUGCUCUUUAUGAAUGGUACCAGUCUUGGGCCUCUGGUCAGGCACCAAUGCUCAUACUGUGCUGCGCUUAGGAUGUCAGUCAAGAAACAGAACAUAUAAACAGUGACAUGUUCUCAAGCUUCCAAAUAUAAAUAUUCAGCAUCUG